CUGGUCUUGUUCUGGCUAGCGGAACACGGGUCUGUGCUGAUGGCAGGCGGCUACCUGUCAACAACCUAGGCAUAGCUGAAACUAAAGUCCGUGUGGCUCUUUGUCGUCUGCUUAUAUCAGUUGUUGCAGGUCCUUUUGUUGCAGCCAAAGAAGGCUGCAGUGUUAUGGAUGAACCAUGAAGUCCCAAUUGCAAGUCACAGUGCUUUCAGCCAGGCUGAAGGAAAACAAAAAGAACUGGUUUGGUCCCAGUCCAUAUGUUGAGGUAGCUGUGGAUGGCCAGUCAAAGAGGACUGAGAAGUGCAACAAUACACACAGUCCCAAAUGGAAGCAGGCUCUCACAGUAAUUGUGACUCCAGUCAGCAAGCUGAUCUUCCGUGUUUGGAGCCACCAGACACUAAAGGCGGACAUCCUGUUGGGAAUGGCCACACUGGAGAUCCUUGAGACCCUUAAAAUUAAUGACCUGAAAUUGUGUGAGGUGGUGCAGACGCUGCAGCUGUGCUCUGACAGAGACCCCCAGGAUGUUGUAGGUGACCUGUCAGUCUGCCUGGACGGCAUGCAGGUGGACCCCGAAACCAUUGCUGAGAGAGAAUAUUCAGCUGUUCCAAAUGGAAAUGCAAAACAAAAUGGAGACACUGGCAACAGGUCAAGCAGGGACACGUCUCCCUCCAGUGACUCAGAGGAGUGGGUUAUUGUACCUAAUGGUCAUGCUGUCAACGGUACGGCUUCUCCUUCCCGGUCUCCAGGGGGCUCCACUGCUUCACGUCCUCCUAGACCAACCCGACCUCCUCCUCCAACGCCUCGCAGACCUGCAGCCUCACCAACCUCUUCUAGUAGUUCUUCCCCUAGUGAGCUGAGUGAAGCCCCGCCUUCUGAUGGCUCCUCUCAGGUGUCUGCCAGUGGGUGCUCAGAUCAACAGGAUGAAUCAGGUGUAGCGACUGCAAGUUCCUCACAGACAGCAUCUGGCCCCAAACCAGGGGCCUCUGCCUCAACAGCUGUGGCCACAGCAACUCCAAGAGUCACACCUAUGACCAACGGUCCUUUACCUCCAGGGUGGGAGCAAAGGGUGGACCAGAAUGGACGGUUGUACUAUGUGGAUCACAUUGAGAAAAGGACAACCUGGGACAGACCUGAGCCUCUGCCUACAGGGUGGGAGCGCCGGGUGGACCCGAUGGGUAGGGUGUACUAUGUCGACCACAUAACCCGAACAACUACGUGGCAACGUCCCACACAGGAGUCAGUGCGUAACUAUGAGGAAUGGCAGCACCAGCGCAGCCAGCUGCAGGGAGCCAUGCAGCAGUUCAACCAGAGGUUCAUUUAUGGGCUCCAAGACCAGCUUGCAGCUACAGCCAAUAAAGAGUUUGACCCACUGGGACCUCUGCCACAUGGUUGGGAAAAGAGAACGGACACCAAUGGCAGAGUGUACUUUGUUCAUCAUCCAACUCGGACGACGCAGUGGGAAGACCCCAGGAGGCAAGGGCUGCUGAAUGAUAAGCCCCUGCCAGAGGGUUGGGAGAUGAGGUUCACUGUGGAUGGUAUUCCCUAUUUUGUAGACCACAACAGGCGAGCCACAACUUACAUUGACCCUCGCACAGGGAAAUCUUCACUUGAGAAUGGGCCACAGAUAACCUACGUCAGGGACUUCAAAGCCAAAGUGCAAUACUUCAGAUUCUGGUGUCAGCAAAUGUCGCUGUCUCAGCACAUUAAGAUUACCGUCUCCAGGAAAACCUUGUUUGAGGAGUCAUUCCAACAGAUCAUGAGCUUCCACCCUCAAGAUCUGAGGCGCAGACUAUGGAUCAUAUUCCCUGGAGAAGAGGGCUUGGACUAUGGAGGUGUGGCAAGGGAGUGGUUUUUCUUGCUGUCUCAUGAAGUUCUGAACCCCAUGUACUGUCUGUUUGAGUAUGCUGGCAAGGACAACUACUGUCUGCAGAUCAACCCUGCGUCUUACAUCAACCCUGACCACCUCAAGUACUUCAAGUUCAUAGGACGCUUCAUUGCCAUGGCCUUGUUCCAUGGCAAAUUCAUCGACACGGGUUUCUCCCUGCCCUUCUACAAGCGUAUCCUGAACAAACCUCUCGCUCUCAAAGACCUGGAGUCCAUAGAUCCAGAGUUUUACAACUCACUCAUAUGGAUCAAGGAUAAUAACAUAGAGGAGUGUGGUCUGGAGAUGUUCUUCUCAGUCGACAAGGAGAUCCUGGGGGAGGUCACCACCCAUGAGCUGAAACCAGAUGGAGGGAACAUCCAAGUAACUGAGGAAAACAAGGAGGAAUACAUCAGGUUGGUGGCAGAGUGGAGGCUGUCCAGAGGUGUGGAGGAGCAGACUCAGGCGUUCUUUGAGGGCUUCAAUGAAGUUCUGCCCCAGCAAUACCUUCAGUACUUUGAUGCUAAGGAAUUAGAGGUGAUGCUGUGUGGUAUGCAAGAGAUCGACCUGGUGGACUGGCAAAGAAACACAAUCUACAGGCAUUAUGCACGAAGUAGCAAGCAGAUUCUGUGGUUCUGGCAGUUUGUGAAGGAGAUGGACAACGAGAAGAGAAUGAGACUGCUGCAGUUUGUCACAGGAACUUGCCGUCUUCCUGUUGGUGGCUUUGCUGACCUGAUGGGAAGCAACGGCCCCCAAAAGUUCUGCAUUGAGAAAGUGGGCAAAGACAACUGGCUUCCACGAAGCCACACAUGCUUUAAUCGUCUGGACCUCCCUCCUUACAAGAGCUAUGAGCAGCUGAAGGAGAAGCUCAUAUUUGCCAUAGAAGAGACAGAAGGCUUUGGGCAGGAGUAAUACAACAGGAGCAGGAGCUGCAGGAUCCAAUGGAGGAGCAGUGGGCUUGGAGGACCCUUAUCCAUUUCAGACCAGAGCACAUUCCAGCAGAUUCUCCUUGCAGCCAGGAACUGCUUAUAAAGUGGUAGAUGAUACAUACAUUUAUUUUCUGUCACAUCAUCAUAUGCAGCAACAACAGUUUAGAUGUUUAGUUGAAUAGAUUAAUAUGAAUUUAAUGAAUUAAUUUGCUCCACAAGAGACCUGUUAGUUCACUUAUUCCACAUAUGAUCAGUUCCCCCCUAAUCUCACAUCACUAUAGGACGAUGGUUGCAGAACAGAAGCUUUUCUCAUUCUGUCGUGUCUGUACUUGCAGUACGUUGUGCAAGUGCAGUUUCUACACGUAAAUCUGUGAAUCUUUGCAGUAGUAACUUCUCAAGAACCGCUGUUUGGGUCUAUGCAGAAUGAGCAAUUUCAGAGGAAAACCAUAUUUGUGCAUUUUGACUUACAGUAAAAAGGUUCAUAUCUAAAAGCAGCAAAAAAGGCACAUAUAUGGUUUUGGGUCUUUCAGGCUCAACUUUAAUUUUUCUUUUGAUGGAAGAUUUUUAUCAGUACCUGAUUGACUGGACUGACACCCAUAGCACAUACACAGUUUCUUUAAUAACUCCGCAAAAUACGAUCAUGCUAAUUGUAAUAAUAAUUUCUCCUAUGUUGACAAGUUGAUUUCUUUUCAUUCAUAGUGAGUUGAAACUUUGAACAUGGUUAUGUAAGCAGUAAGAUGGCUGUGAUUGUUCUUAAGAGAGGUUGUAUUUUUAUGUGCAAUAGUUUUGUAGAAAAAACAUUUUUUGCCAGUAAUAGAGCCAAACAGUGAUUUGUUUGAUCAUUUGUAUAGCAUUUUGUUAAGUUUCAGCAUUUACUAUUGAUUUAAAUUCUUAAUAUUGGUAGAGGACAUUAUAUUGUAUAUGGUAAAAGUGCUUUGGUUGCGUUUUGAUUUGACAAACUUUGCCUUCUCAACAUGGUCUGUGCUGUACAUAAUAUCAGCCUUUUUGACCACUGAUAGACACUUCCUUUAUUAGUGUGGGAGACUCAAAGUGUGAAGCAUUUCUGAAGUCUCUUGAUAAUUAUGAGCUGGUACUGAUGACGUGGGAGCAUUAGGAUGUAUUGUGUAAUACAAAACAAUUAUUUGUUGAAUAAUGACCUAUUCCCACUGAAUGGUAGCCAAUUUGCUGGUAGAUAUCCAGAAUUAAGUAUUAUCCUAGAUCAGUAAUGAAAACACUGAAUCCUAACUGUUUUUAAUGUGUGAAGUGAUUAAUGCAGUUUAUGUAAAUAUACUUCCAAAGUGGAACAUAGUGUUUAAUAUCUUAAUACAUAUAAUUCACAUAGGCAGUGGAUCCCCUUGAGUUGCAGGCUUAAACUAAUAAUAAAGAUUUGAAUUAAUGUAAAAGUAAUCGGCCCUAGUUUUAUAGGGUGUUAGGUAUUCAGAUUUGUACAGUAAUAGUUUAUUCCAUGUCUUUUCCAAAAAAUAGGCCCACUAAUGUCAAACUAAGAGUUUGUUUUUAGUAUCAAGUAGAGUAUGAUUUUAAGAAAAUGACUAUGGAACUGAUCUACCAAAGGAUUUAAUUUAGUUUUUUUUUUUUUCUUUCUUUUUUGUCAACAAUUUGACUUAAACUUCACCAAGUUCUUAACGUCCCCUGAAUGAAUUACACAUUUUACACCAGUUGUUACUAUUGAGAUUUAGUUGUCCUUUAUUUUACCCACUGUAAAGUACAUAAAUGUAAACAAAGCAGUAGCUCUGCUAUCUCAAUUUUAAAAACAGAAUUUGAACAAAAUUUCAGAAAUAUUUUUAUCAUUAAAAACAAAAUACAGAUUUCACCUUUUAAGGCAGUUUUAAGGAAACCAAGUCUUAAUCUUUCUUAGAGAUGUUUUACCUUUAUCACUGUGGAUUUCAAAUGCUUCCUUAGUAGGCGUAUCACAAAAAUGAGUUUGUAUUUAUACACAGUUUUAACUUGUGUUGUUACUGUGUAUUUAUAUGAGAUCUUGUUGCUUAAUAUGAGCAGAGCCAAAUUAAUAAAUUGUAAUGUGAUAUUUUUGAACGACUAGUAAAACUCAAGCUCUGUAGUGUGUGCAUAGGUGGCGUGAUGCAUAGUUAAACAACAUAUUUAUGUGUGUAUGCCUCCCAGAUCACUGACAAUUUGUAAUUGCAAUUUAAAUUUCAUCAAACUCCUAGCAAAAUAUAAAAGGAAGAAACUUUUCUUAUGAAUUUCUAUGAACCUUGUGGCUGUAUACCAUUUCAUAAUGCUGGUACUUUAUAGAAAAAAUGUUGGUUGUUCUCACUCACUUGAGCUCUCCCUCACUGAACUCACAGGUGUAUUGACCCUAACACAAUAUCCAUUAUUGCUUCAUACUUAAUUGUGUCAGAUGUUUCACAUUAUCUCACAUUUAUUCCCUUACUGGCAGAAAUUCAAUAUACACACACACACACACACACGCUUACAAAUCUCAGUGUGUAGCUACUGGAGUGCAGACUUGUAAAGAGAUUAUUAUUGUAAAAAAAAUAAAACCUUGAUUUUAAAAAAAAAAAAAAAAAAAAAAAAAAAAAGUGUUGUGAUUAAAAUGUUGACUGUGGAAUAUGUUAACAUGUUAAAAUUACAACUAAUGAAAUAGCACCUUGACACUCCAAACUGGCUGAAUUAACCACUUGACUGUUUAAUCACUGCUGUGUUCCAGAUCAUGGGGCGGUUAAAUGUAUAGAAAUAUGCAAAUUAAUGUUUUAGUUGUUCUGAUUACAUUGUAAAUCAUGUUGAUAGUGUAAUCACUGUUUCCUUUUUUGAAGCUCUAACUUUUUUUGAUAAGUGGAAGUCAAUGGUUGAAUACUAUUUAUUUGGAGAAUGGGUUUCAUGUAACAAUGAACUGGAUUGAUUGAGGGAAAAAAAAACGUUAAUAAAAUGAUUUUAACACUGGGCUCCUGCA